AUGCCGAGCCACUCCCGCAGUCGGGACCGGUUGAGUCCCAGCAGCGAGCUGGACGAUGCCGAUCCCGUUUACUCUCCCUCGGUGUACCAGAGGGAACAUUAUAAUAACAAUGAUUCGUUGUUUGACUCCGCUGAGGAAGACUACGCCCGUGCAGCACGAAAUGUCUAUAGUUACGAAACACAUGAUGAAUAUCACGACGACGAUGAUGAUGACGAUGCCCAUGAGGAUGAUCACGACCGUGAAUACGAUGAUAAGUUUGGGGAGCCUUGGGUUCCGUUACGCGCUCAGGUCGAAGGUGAUGCAUGGAGAGAGGGGUUUGAGACUGCCAUUCCCAAGGAAGAGGAUGUCACUCAAGCGAAAGAGUAUCAGUACCAGAUGAGCGGGGCGCUUGGCGAUGAUGGACCACCUCCCUUGCCAUCUGAUUCCCUAGGUAAGGGAAAGGGGAAGAAGCGAUUGGAUCGAGAGACGCGACGGCAGAGGAGGAAAGAGAGGCUUGCGGCGUUCUUCAAACAUAGGAACGAGGGCGCAUCGGCGGGAUUGGUCAGUGGGGAUGCCCUGGCAAAGCUGCUUGGGUCACAGGAUGGCGAUGAGGAUUGCUUGAGCCAUCUGGGUAGUGAGCGCGCGGACUCGAUGUCACAGAAAAAUUUGGAAGGUGGCAGGCAAAGGAAACUUCCGGUUCUGAGUGAGGAGCCAAUGAUGCUACGGCCGUUUCCUGCCGUAGCGCCGACAGGACAGACGAAGGGUAGGGUGGUGUCUGGGGCUCAGUUGGAACAGGGAGGCCCAGGUAUCGAGAUGCGACAUCGUGGUGGAGGUGGGCCGCCUACGGAGGGAUUGCUCCAGAAAGAGGGUGACUGGGAUGGCAGCACGAAAGGUUCUUCUGCCUCUGCGAGGCCGUCGUUCUGGAAGCGCUAUCACAAAACCUUCAUCUUCUUUGCAAUAUUAAUAGUCAUGGCAGCUAUAGCGAUCCCAGUGGGAAUCAUUGAGGCAAGAAGGCUUCAUGGAACGAAUGGGGGCGACAAUACUUCAAAUUCUAAUCUGAAAGGGAUUAGUCGUGAUAGCAUUCCGGCCUAUGCUAGAGGGACGUACCUCGAUCCCUUUACAUGGUACGAUACCACUGACUUCAAUGUGACGUUCACAAAUGCCACCGUUGGUGGUUUGUCUAUUAUGGGUCUGAACUCGACGUGGAACGACUCGGCCCAAGCGAACGAAAACGUGCCACCUCUGGACGAGAAGUUUCCGUACGGGUCGCAACCUAUCCGCGGUGUCAACCUUGGAGGCUGGUUGUCGAUCGAGCCCUUCAUUGUCCCUUCGCUUUUCGAUACCUACACUUCAAGCGAAGGAAUAAUCGACGAGUGGACGCUAUCCGAGAAACUCGGCGACUCGGCUGCCUCAGUCAUCGAAAAGCACUAUGCCACAUUCAUCACCGAGCAAGACUUUGCUGACAUCAGAGAUGCCGGUCUCGAUCACGUUCGGAUCCAGUUUUCAUACUGGGCCAUCAAGACAUACGAUGGCGAUCCGUAUGUCCCAAAAAUCGCAUGGCGCUACCUCCUCAGGGCCAUUGAAUACUGCCGCAAAUACGGCCUCCGAGUCAACCUCGAUCCCCACGGAAUCCCAGGGAGUCAGAACGGCUGGAAUCACAGCGGUCGACAGGGUACGAUCGGCUGGCUGAACGGGACCGACGGAGAACUAAAUCGACAACGAUCUCUCGAGAUGCAUGACCAGCUCUCGCAGUUCUUCGCACAGGACCGAUACAAGAACGUCGUGACGAUUUACGGCCUCGUAAACGAACCGCUAAUGCUUUCCUUGCCUGUCGAAAAAGUCCUCAAUUGGACAGUAGAAGCUACCAACCUGGUACAGAAGAACGGUAUUAAAGCUUGGGUCACCGCCCACGACGGCUUCCUCAAUCUAGCGAAAUGGGAUAAGAUGCUUAAAACUCGACCGAACAACAUGAUGCUUGAUACCCACCAAUACACCGUCUUCAACACGGGCGAGAUUGUCCUCAACCACACCAGAAGAGUGGAGCUCAUCUGCGAAAGCUGGUACUCGAUGAUCCAGCAGAUUAAUAUUACCAGCACGGGAUGGGGCCCAACCAUAUGCGGUGAAUGGUCCCAAGCCGACACCGACUGUGCUCAAUACGUUAACAAUGUCGGCCGCGGUACUCGUUGGGAAGGUACCUUCUCUCUUACCGACUCGACUCAGUACUGUCCCACAGCCAGCGAGGGAACCUGCAGCUGCACGCAAGCCAACGCUGUCCCUGGCGUCUACUCGGAAGGAUACAAGACGUUCCUCCAAACCUACGCCGAAGCACAGAUGUCGGCUUUUGAAACCGCCAUGGGGUGGUUCUACUGGACCUGGGCAACGGAGUCUGCAGCACAGUGGAGCUAUCGGACGGCGUGGAAGAACGGCUACAUGCCGAAGAAGGCCUAUAGCCCAGCCUUUAAGUGCGGGGAUGCCAUCCCUAGUUUUGGCAAUCUGCCGGAAUAUUAUUGA